CAACCAACUAACCCAAAGUCCAAACCUACACUUUUUGAAAAAUUGUUCCCUCAAGGGCUACAAGCUCAUCAAGCAUCACCCUAGCUUCGGAACCAGGAGACAAGGGUGUUCAGAACAUGCACGACAGUCAUUAUGUUUUCAAAAUCCCUAAAUGACGCUUCUACCCCUCAUCCCAUCCUAGCCGUUACUUUCAGUUAAGACCGCACGCCAGUAACCUCCAAAGCCCUUUUUCAUAAUUUCACCACUUUCUCCUCUCCUUCCCAGCGAAUCCUAUGCAGUUAGUAAUCAUCCCCCUCCCCUGCCAAUGGAAACACAUCCACACUAUAUUUCUAAAGCGUUUUCUCUCACUAACGUUAGGGUUAGGUUAGGUUUGGUUUGGUUUACGUCAAUGGCUUCUUCUUCUUCCGAUCCUGGCAAGUCCGAAGCUGACGGCAGUUCGGAGACUCUGUCGGAAGCAACCGCGGCGGCGAAGGAUGGACAGUUACGGAUGAAGAAGGCAAAGAAAGAGAGAGUGUGCACUGCGAAGGAGCGAAUCAGCAAGAUGCCUCCUUGCGCUGUGGGCAAACGCAGCUCCAUUUACCGCGGCGUCACCAGGCAUAGAUGGACUGGUCGUUAUGAAGCACAUCUUUGGGACAAAAGUACCUGGAACCAGAAUCAGAAUAAGAAAGGAAAGCAAGUUUACUUGGGGGCAUAUGAUGAUGAAGAGGCAGCAGCUAGAGCAUAUGACCUUGCUGCUCUGAGAUAUUGGGGUCCGAGUGCUCUCAUAAACUUUCCAGUGACUGAUUAUGCAAGAGAUCUUGAAGAAAUGCAGAAUGUAUCCAGAGAGGAAUACCUUGCAUCUUUACGGAGGAAGAGCAGUGGUUUUUCAAGAGGACUUUCCAAAUACCGGGGACUCUCCAGUCGAUGGAAUCCAACAUAUGGUCGUAUGGCUGGAUCUGACUACUUCAACAGUAGAUAUUAUGGUGAAGAUUCAGCUGCAGAAACCAAAUAUCUAAGUAGUUUCUGCAUAGAAAGAAAGAUUGAUUUAACAAGUUACAUCAAAUGGUGGGGGUCAAAUAAAAGUCAGCAACCUGAUUCUAGAGUAAGAUUUUCAGAUGUUAGAAAGCAUGGUUUUGCUGGAGAUUUUUGCAUUGAACACAAAACAUUGGAACAAAACGUCCAUCCUUCAGAACCAUACCAGUUGCUAGCAUUAGGCAUGCCCUGUGAAAGGAUCAAACAUGAACAUUCUUCUGUCUCGGCUUUAAGUAUUGUGUUACAAUCAGCUGCUUACAAGAACUUGCAACAGAGAGCAUCAACGAGACAGGAAAAUAGCAAUUAUAAUGACGAGAAUGAAAAUAAAGAUACCAUCAUCAAUAAGUUGGACCAUGGGAAGGCAGCAGAGAAAUCAUUGAAUAAUGACAGUGGCAAUGAAAGACUUGACAUUGCAAUGGGAAUGAGUGGAUCGCUGCCUCUUCAAAGAAAUGUUUACCCACCGACAUCGUUAUUGAUUGCUCCACUUUUGACUGCCUACAACACUGUUGAUCCAUCGGUAGAUCCUGUUCUCUGGACGCCACAGGUUCCUAUACUUUCUGCUGGCCUUUCUGGUGUAGCUGAGGUUGCGAAGACUGAGACCAGUUCAACGUACACCAUUUUUCAGCCAGACGAGUGAUUGGGAUUUGAAUGUCUGAUUUGGAAAACAACAAAUUUGAGCAGAGCUUGUAUCCAACAAUGGCAUUCGCGUUUCUGCUCGGCUAAUGUGGAACCCGUAGCUUGAAUUUCCUUGCUAGUUUCGUAUUACAUGGGUUUUAGAAAUCAGAGGAAAAUAAAAUAUUACCGAAUUCGCAUAAACUCUAUCAUGUAUAUGUAGCUGGACAAAUUUUCAUUUUGUGUAAGAAGAAUAAUGUUAUUUACAGAAUAUGAGGAAUUACCGAAUUAUGCAAUAUUGCUACUUAUAUGUUAGCUCAAA